UCUUCUUCUUCCUUGGCACACUCACUCCCAUUCCUAUAGCUUCGCCAAAAAAGACUCUGCGAUAGCAGGUUCAGAAUGGUGGGUACUACUUUGAGCUUCAAUCUGGUGGGUGCUUUCGGGGGCCUUUCUGUGUCGUCAAGCUCAUCUUCAUCCUUCUUCAAAGGUGAUGGCAGACCCAUCAUCGUGCGUUCCAGAACGAUUAGCGUUUCGUUUCCGCAUAAGUCGCCGUUCCCAUUGACCAUUGAAUCGGCGCAUAAGAAGGGAAGCGGAAGUACCAAAAACGGUCGCGAUUCUAGAGGCCAACGCCUCGGCGUCAAGAUCUUCGGUGACCAGUUGGCCAAACCUGGUGCUAUCAUUGUAAGGCAGCGAGGAACCAAGUUCCAUCCGGGGAAAAAUGUGGUGCUUGGGAAGGACUAUACCAUCUUUUCCUUGAUUGAUGGUCUCGUGAAAUUUGAGAAGUUUGGACCUGACAAGAAGAAGAUAAGUGUUUACCCAAGAGAGGCACAGCCUGAGAACCCCAACAGCUACAGAGCAAGGAAGAGAGAGUACUUCAGGAUGCGAAGAGAACGAAGAAACGCAAAACAGGAAGGCAUUGUUGCUCAACCAGAAUUAGUACUUGCUUCAGCAGCUGAUGCCACAGAUGCGAGUACAAUUUGCUAAUUUUGAAAACUGACCAUCUGCUUUUUCUUCCUUUACAUUGUACUAAAAUGAGGCUGUCAAGCCAAUAUUUUUUCAUUGUAAUCAAAAUACACUUGAUUUGAAGUUAGGCAUUUCUGUUUCUCAAGUGCAAGCUUGAUUUUAUGCCCAGGAAUGAAUAAAUCGGUUCUCAUGUC